GGUCGCAGUGCUGAGCGCGAGCCUGUAGCGGGGCGGGCGCGUCACUCCUGCGCGCUCGUGCUGAAAAAAAGAGAAGUGGCUCGUGGACACAAUGGGCUCUCCAGCGGACGGAGCGAGCUGCGAUUAACGGCCGCAGCUUUCGAUGAGCACAGGAGCCGAGAAGGAGAGGCAGGGGGCUAUGUCGUUUCAGCUCCUCUUCACCACCGUUUGAUCAAUCAUGAUGAAGACUGAACCCCCGUCUGCGGCCAGCGGCAGCACCAGUGGCAACCCACUCGGAGCGCGGAGCGCCUCCCCGCACAGGAAUGCCUAUGAGGCUGGAAUUCAGGCCCUUAAACCAGUCAAAGACCCUGCCGCUGCCAAUGGGGAUGAAAAGGAAGGGAAGGUGCGGGCCACUGGCCGGGGCCGCAGGUACGGCACCAACGUCCAUCGCAUCAAGAACAUGUUCAUGCAGAUGGGCUCCCCUGGGGAUGAAGAGGACCCAUCGAAGAUGAAAGACCAGGCCGUGCGGCUGUCCUUGCCCAGAGCCAGCAGCCUGAAUGAGAAUGUGGACCACAGUGCCCUGCUCAAGCUCGGUGGCACCGUCUCCGAGCGGGUCAGUCGGUUUGACAGUAAGGGUGAUGGAAGCGGCAGCCGUGGAUCUUCCGCAGGCUCCUCCAAGCUGCAAGAGACGCGAAAGAUCUUUGAACAGCGCCACUUACAAGAGAAACAGGCUGCCACCAAUCGAAUUCUGCUGAAAAAAGAGCGUGCGUCAGGCUUCCAGGACAGCAGACUGGAUGUAGUUGUGCGGUUCAACGGCAGCACAGAGGCCCUAGACAGAAUAGACGGGGACCCUGGCCCUGCUGAUGCAGUGUCACCCACUGUCAGCCAGCUGAGUGCCGUGUUUGAGAAAGCUGAGUUGCGCAACAACCUCCAUCGGCCGUCCUCGACCUCCCCGCUGCCUUCUCGUGGCGUCAGCCCCACUCCAGUGAAAGCAGCGGGUGUCAACUCCAAGAUCAUUGCCAAAAAGGUGCGAACGCUUCCUCAAACAGAAGAAGGUCAAGAGAAAGGAAUUCUGUCUAAAGAACAGGAGGGUGUCCCUGAAAGCCCCAGGAGGACCAGCUCCCAAAGAGACACGUCAAGCAGCAACAAAUCUUUGGUAGCUGGAUCAGCAGAGUCUGAGAAUGUCCAGUCAGGUGAAAUCCAGGACUCUGCAGACGCCAGUGCAGUGAAAGAAUCUAAUGAUGGUGGCAGUACUGGCAUGCAGGAUGCUGGCAGUAGACUAAUUCAAGCAGAAGUCCAUGUCCACACUUCCCUGGAGAACGGAGAGGCUGAUGGCGGCCACACAGAAGACAAGCUAGAUGAGGACAGACCGGAUUCGGGAGAUUCUCACCUUCGAGAAGAUGAGGCGGCCGAAGAAGAGUGUCAUAGGGAGGAUUACUCCGAAGCAGACAUGGUGGACAUCAGUGCUUACAGUGGCAUAGGUGAAGACUCUGGUGGGAGUCAGCUGGAUGAGGACGAGGAGGCUGACGACGAUGAAGCUUACGAACCUGAAUCCAGCUGCACAGAAAUUUCAGGCCUGCCGGUCGAGGAUGAACCUCCAGCUAGCCGGAAGAUCUGCUUCAGCACCGGGCCCAUAAAGGUGUUCACCACAUAUUCCAAUGAGGACUACGACCGGCGCAAUGAUGACGUUGAUCCCAUGGCAGCAUCGGCGGAGUAUGAGCUGGAAAAGAGAGUGGAGAGACUGGACCUCUUCCCUGUGGAACUGGAAAAAGAUGGAGACGGCUUGGGGAUCAGUAUCAUUGGAAUGGGUGCUGGAGCAGACAUGGGCCUGGAGAAACUGGGAAUCUUCGUGAAAACAGUCACGGAUGGAGGUGCUGCUCACCGGGACGGAAGGAUUCAAGUGAAUGACCUGAUAGUUGAGGUGGACGGCACCAGUCUGGUUGGCGUGACUCAGAAUUUUGCAGCGUCUGUCCUGAGGAACACCACUGGCACUGUCAAGUUUAUCAUUGGCCGGGAAAAGCCAGGUGAGCAGAGUGAGGUGGCGCAGCUGAUCCAGCAGACGUUGGAGCAGGAGCGCUGGCAAAGGGAAAUGAUGGAGCAGCGCUAUAAUCAGUACAUGGAGGAGGACGAAGAGACGGGCGAGUAUGCCACAGAUGAAGAUGAAGAGAUGAGCCCCAUGUUCCCGAAUGCUAUAGAGGUGUUUGAUCUGGCUGAGAACGAGGACAUGCUCUCGCCUGUGGAGAUGGACCCAGAGAAACUCGCCCACAAGUUCAAAGAGCUCCAGAUAAAGCAUGCUGUGACCCAGGCUGAGAUCAAACAGCUGAAAAGGAAGCUCUCUCAUGCGGAGCAGGAGAAGCUGCGUUGGCGGAUGGAGAAGGCCCAGCUGGAGCAGACGGUGAGGGAGACGAAGGAGCGCAUGGAGAAGCUGGAAGGCUACUGGAUGGAGGCACAGGCUUUGUGUCAGGCGGUGGAUGAGCACCUGAAGGAGACGCAGGCCCAGUACCAGACACUGGAGCGCAAAUACAGCAAAGCCAAACGUCUCAUCAAAGAGUACCAGCAGAAAGAGAUUGAGUACCUGAAGAAGGAGACAGCACAGCGGCGUGCUCAGGAGGAGUCAGAGGUCGGCCGUAAAGAGGAGACAGACAACCUGCAGGAGAAGAUCACAGACCUGGAGACGAAGGUGGGCGCACUGAAGAGCUCGGAGCCCUCCUAAACCUCCCCUGGAACUUCAGAACGAGAGAGAGGGAAAGGGAGAGAGAGCCAAGACAGAAGGCGGGAGAAAUGCCUUUCAGUCCCAGCCAUCCCUCGCUCCUACACGUUUUUCCCUCAAAGGCAUGCAACAACAACGGACGACCAAAAGACUGCAAGAAACGUUAAAGGGAUGAUCCUGGGGUAAGGGUGGGGGUGAGAAAAAAUCCCAUAAUGCCUUGCCAGAAAGCCUGACACAGGCUGCCCACCUCUAGUCCUCACGACAGCCCGUAUAAAGUAGACCCCGGGACAGGUUUUCAGUUUCGUACAGUAUUUGAUUUUUCUUUCUUUUUAAACGGCCCUGAAGAAAAAAAAAAAACUAAAAGCAUUACGCCGCUUCCUCUCAGCAGCUCUGCACAGUGCAUUCGAGUGACCCGUGGGCUGACUGGGCACGAUGCCAACCCGAACAGAACAGAAAAGGCGAGAGUGGAAGCGAGCGGCAGACUUACGAGUUUCGCCUGUUUUUCUUUCUCUUUUUUCCCCUAAACAGCAACAGGAAUAUAGCCGCUCUUCUUUGCCCGGCAGAAUGGAGCCAGUAUUGGUUGUACAGCAGCGACGGAAGAGCUGAUGGUGUUUGUAUAUAUUCUUCAGUGUAUUUAAAAUCGCUUAAGCAAUGAGACGGAGGGAAGGGGAGGGGUGGGUGAUCGAAAACAUCGAGCGUAAAAUAAAGGGUCUAGGUAAAAUAGUGCUAUUUGAGCUGGAUUGGUUUUACCGGAGGAAGUACUUGUGAUUGAAGCCAUUUAAACUUCUACAAUAAUAAUAGUAGUUGUCCUGUUUAACCCUCUUGAGGCAACCCUAGGUUCAUUAUUCAAUUUGUAAUCCUUAUGUAGGAAUGAUUGUGGAUUAUUUGGUAACUGCUUUUAUUUUUAGCAUACCACAGGGUUCUGUUUUAGGCCCGAUGAAGUUUAUGCUACAUUUGACAGUAGUCGUUAUUGAAUGAAAAAUGUGAGUGUGAGCUUACAUAUGGAUAUUAAGGGGUCAAACUGUAACACUACAGUAUAUUCUUAAUCACACCUGUGAUGUGACAUGGAACUGGAGAACUGAUAGCUAUACUAGAAUUAUGCUUUUUGUGAAAAAUACACAAAAACAAAACAAAAAAAAACACGAUGAAUCUCCCAUUCAAAUCCUUUUACAAAUCACAUUACAGCACCUCCUCUAAUGAAACGAAUCCACUUCAAAUAGUGCUUUAGACUAGCAGCGCAAAGAGGCAGAGCUGUGUAUCUGUAUUACUUUUAUGCCUUUUCUGUUUUUUUGUUUUGUUUUGUUUUGUUUUAGCGAAUAAUGGCAAACAGGGUGUGAGACUUGUGCGAUCUUGACAUUUAACAUGUACGUACCUUCCAAGAGUUGCUUACACGCAUUUCACACUUUGCUUUCCUUUAGACAGUAUUACUGAAGCUGUGUACCGUCAGCCGAAGCUCGAGAUCAUCACCUCCUGCCAGAAAAGAUCAGUCGUGACUCGUGCUGUCCCUGCGCUGUGUCUGAGCUUCUGGUUUGAGGAUUGAAGGUUAAGAAUUGAGUCAUGUUUCUCAUGGUGAAAAGUGGUGCUUACCAGUCUGUGUUAUAUAUGGGAAAACUAAUGCAGGAGUUUUAGUUUUUUUUUGGUGUUUUGGAGCCUAUGAAUUAGCCAGUACAGUUCAUAUAAAGAAAAUUACUGCAAACUGGAUGAAUCCUCCACAUUAAUGAAGCCCUGUUUGUGCUGGAUUAGUAUUACCAAGGGAGUUACUGUAAUUAUAAUUUGUAAUUUUAUAUGUAUUCAAAGUUGAAUAGUAGUAAUUACAGAGUGGAUUUCAAUCCUGUUGCUGGUUGAGCCUGGAGCUCAGACAUGUACUAAUCUGUAAUCAUGUUUACAGAAGUAGAAGCAUCCAAAUCCUUUAUUGAAACUUUAUUUUGAUCUGAAACAAAACAAUGAAAGAGAUUCAGUAUUUUGUACAUGUAGUUUUUAGGCUUGUUUACACAAAGCAUGCUUAAAUUCUCCCAUAUCUCCCUUUAUCUCUCUUUAUACUAAAGUAUAAAGAAACUCCUCCCCAGAAUACAAGCUGAACAAGCCCUGUGUUACUGAAUGUCAAGCUUGGUUUAAAUCCAAGUUGUGUCAUUUCAGGAGAGCUUUGAGAACACGUCCAUAAAUAGAAGUGCAGCUGUUUUUUUCUGUGGGAAAAAUAAAUGGCAUUGUUUGAAAUUUGCAACAAUCCUAAAAUAAAGUCUCAUAGAUGAUGUAGCUUGUAUUGUAUGUAAUUGUUUUUCAGUAGAUGACACUGAAUCCUAUAAAUUUCACAAUCAUGUAGCAAUCAUGGAAGCUGACACUGCAGCUUCACAUGCAUGAUAAAAAAAAAACUGGAAAAAAGCAGGACGUUUAGAAAUUAAUUUGUAAUUAUGAGAUCUCCUGGAAAAUUGCUAUAAUUGUUUUGAAUAUAUAAGUGAGAGCCUGAAAAAUUGAGCUAGUAAGCUAAUGCAAUAACUUAUUAGAAGUUCUGGUGCCCUGUUUAUUGAAAUGUAUAAUUUAUACACCAUCAUGUGGGCAGAUACAAACACCUGCAUCACGUGUUUACAUCAUGUUUUUAAAUUAAUGAAUUGGAACAUUCAACAAAAUUCACAAAAGUGAAUCUGUUAACCUAGUGUAUUAAAACCAGUUUACACUAAGAGGCUUUUUAUUAUGUCUGUUGUUUAUAUGUUGUUGCAUACAGACCUGUUCUAGAGAAUGUGUUCAUACAAAGAGUCAAAAUCUUGUAGUUGUGAUCUGAAGUGAUUUCUUAAAACUGGCCCAAAAAAAAGGAAAUCAUUUUUAGUUCAGUGAAUAUGUUGAUAUAAAGUUACUGAUUUAAUGUAUUUGUAUUAUGUAUGUUAAUUUAACAUCUGGGCAAUUUGAUUCUCUAUUGUAGUAGCAAAAAAAUCAAAUUAAAUGUUAAAUAAUAUGUUUAAAAAUUUAAAUCAUGCUAAAUAUUGAUUAUAUUUAUUUAAAUUUAGCUAAAGAUAUGAAAAUUUGUCCUGUUAAAAAUAUUGUAGUUUAUUACAGCUUAACGUAUUGACAGUGAGAAUGAUAUUUCCUUUUUUUACAUUUAUGGAAUUUACUUAUUAUUCCCUCACAACAUCCAGAGCUGGUAUCAGUAGACCCCAAAUUCCAGAUACUUUAAGGUCUGAAACUACCAGAAAUGAGACACAAUUCAGGAGGGUUCUAAUGCUUUGGCAGAAGUACAGCAUGAGUAGUAGCUGCUGGUGUUGUGUAAUACUAAUAUUUAGAAGUAGUCCUACUUUUGUGUCACAUAAUUUAUGUUGGGUUAGCUUGCUUUGUGUCCUGGCUAUAGAAAAAUCUUGGUGAAAAAAGUGCAGAUCUGCUUUAGAAUGCAUUUGUUAUGUUUUUCCCCACAAGCAAAAACAGCUUAGACCUGCAGUUCCUUAUUUGGGAAUGCUGCAUAGUUUCUUCAGGGCUAUCUACAGUAAUUUGGGGGUAAUUAUUCAGAUACAUUAUCCCAUGAGAUUUGGCCGGUUGAAUUACAGAACCUCCUCUAGUGAAACUAAUCCAGCUUGGAUAGAUCUUAAGUCACCGCAGGAGAUGCUGUGUGAUGGCUGUGUAUCAGCAGAUCUUGUGUUAAAGUUAAUCCGGUUCUUAUUUUCUUUCUCCUGGUCACCAAAUUACAUCCUUUACAGCCUUAUUUCUCCCCACAGGCAGAAGAUGAGAUAGUGGUCAGAUACCGAUACAAAUACUCUGAAUCUAAGCACAGGAAACAUCUCUUAUUAUAGAGAGUGGCAGUGGAAAUGACUGCAGUGUUGUUUCAUUGUCGUUUGGUAUUUAUAAUCCCAAUAUACACAAUAAUCAGUUGCUUUUCAGUAGUUUUCUGAGUUGAAUGUGUUUUUUACUCUGAUGUAAGAGCAUUUUCCCAUUCAGUUCUAGGGAAACACAAACUCUGGUCUCAAAUCAGUGGUAAUGCUGACCUCCAAAUGCUUAAAACACUGCUGUCUUUUAGGCUGUGUUGAGACUGCCAGUCCAAAUCAGUUUUUUGGCAGAUCUAGAUUGUAUCCACAUUAAUUUUGAUAGUCUAAAAGGCCAGAAAACAUAUUAAAUUCAAUUUUGGGAUUUUUGACAAAUCUGGAUUGUAUCAAGAUUGAUUUUUGCAGUCUGAACACCCAGACACCACUUUGAAUCCGUAUUUACUUAUAUCUUGGUUGUAUCCAGAUACAUUUUUGAUAGUCUGAACAGGCAAAAAUCACAUAAAAUCAGAUUUUUGCAAAUUAGAUUUAAACCAUCGGGCAUCUCAGUGUGGACAGAAAUCUAGCGCAGCAGAUCUGAUUUAAGAAACAAAUCGGAUUUCUCUGCAGUCUGAACAGAGCCUUAGCCUACGCUGACGUGUCACUGGUGACACUAAAGCUGAAGUUUUUGAUCUGUUUGUUUUGUUGUAUUCUCUCAUAUGUUACAAAUGGGGACAACUGGAGUUUGUGUAAAGUAUUAAAUAACAUUGUUUAGGCAGAUGUUGCCAUUUUAUCUGAUCUAGGACCAGCUGAUUAAAUGUAAAACUGGUCUCGGAUCAGUAUUUGGAGGAUCAUCCAAGUUUUUUUUUUUUUUAACUAAAUGCAUGUUUCUUGUUGUAAUACACUGUAUGGACAAAAGUAUUGGGACACUGUUGUACACAUUACACCUGCUGGAAGGAGCUUUUAUGAGCUCUCAUUCUAAAUCCAUAGAUAUUAAAUAUUAAUGAACUGUUCACAACCUUCACAAUUAUCAUCAUAGUUAGCUAACCUUAAUUGGGGGACACAGAAUCGUUUAGUGGGAAGACUUAAUUUGCUGAUUGGCUUGCUGGACCUUGCUAAUGUCAGGUUAACACAGGGGUCUCAAUGUGGAGUGAGAGCGCUAGUCAGAGUGUGCUAAUGCUGUAGUAGUGAUGUUGGACUACACCUGUAGCCAGCAUGCUAGCACUGCAGUAGUGAUGUAGGACAGGGCUCUGUUACAAUUCCUCUGAUAGGAAUGUAAAGACUGAACUAAUUCAACAACAAACGCAAUAUUUCAAUCUCGUAAUUAUUACGAGACAGCGUCCGUGUCCUGGUCCUGAUUUAGCAACACAGCAAAUGGAAAAAGAAACCAUAAAGCUGCCUAAGUAUCCAUUUUAACCAGCGGGAGAAAACCGCCAACUGAGUCAGCAGAGUGAGUACUAUAAAGCUUUGUAACUGUAUGUGAUCUGUAGCUUUUGUUGCUCAAAACUAACAGUAUAUUACCCCACUGGAGUUCCGUGAGCUCUUUAUAACAACCCAUUCUUUCACUAAUGUAAGUAUGAAGGAAGGUGCUCGAUUUUAUGCACCUGUGGCAGUAAGACUGAAUAAAACUCCUGAAUUCAGCAAUUUAGAGUUGUAUUGUGUCCCAAUACGUGUCCACAUAGUGUAACAAAAGGUAUGAAGCUGUAUUUAAUGAUGAUCUGAAGCCAGAAGUGUCUGGAGCGACUGGCAGCAUGCUGUUAAAUCGAAACACACUUGUGUUUAGAUAUAAACAAAAAAACAGCCUUACCCUCCAGUAUCUGCCAGGACAGCAUCCACCAGUGCGCAGUAGUGGUAAUCCAGGGCCUGAUGGAGAGCGCUAUCUAUGAAUGCAAUAAGAAAGAUGUUUUACUGACUGUAAAUUUUAUUCUACUUAAAACCAUGCUUCAAUUUCUGUUGAAAGUAUUGAUCUUUUGACUCUGGAAGGACAGUAUUAGUUGGGGCAAAUCUAAUAACAGUAGCUGUAGUAUUCCAUGGCUUUCUAAGAUAAUGUGAUUUAAUUCAAUCCAUUGCUUCCACUUGGUAUGUUUUUGUGAUGGCAAAAAAAAUGUCUCUUACAGUGCAGUAUUGAAAAUGAAGUCUGGGGUUUUAUCCGACCUUUUAACAGAUAUUUUAGUGAUGCGACGGUAUCACUCAGCGACGAUAUAUAAUGGGCUUUAUUAAUGUCAGUAGAGUAUAACGAUUUUUUUCGUUUUUGAAUGUGUGAAAUUAGAAUCGAACCGUUCACUUUGCUCAGACUGGUUUAUUUCUUGGUUCGACUGGUUUCGCAGUACGUGCAGUUUCACACAGCGUGCAGCAAGAAGCGCAAUACAGCACGUCCAUAAGCACACCUCCAACACUCUGGUCACUCCUAACACUGUGAUCCAGCCCAGGGUUCAUCUGUGUGAAGCGUCCCAGCUGACCUGUGGCUGUGGAGUCGUGCUCAUUGUGAAAGGGCGAGCGAGACUCAUCCUGAAACAGCGCUCUUACUCACCACAGUCGACACGUACGCUUAACCCCUGAACUACCUCAGGUUUUUCCUCUCUGCUCAGCUGGAUUUGUUUGUACAUAGAUAGUCGAGAUAGACAGACAGUGUCGUAGAUAACUGAAGAACUGAAAACUGGAAGUGCUUUUAUAGACUCGUCUGGGUUGGGUCUGUAGUUUGGUGUUUUUGCUUUGUUUUGUAGACGAGUCAGACCGGUGUAUCAUUUUUACGGUAUAAUGAAAUAUAUUGUUAUAUGUUGUUGGUAUAUAUCAAAGAAAACAAAUGGAAUAUAAUGUAUAAUCUCUGCAACAAUUCACAAACUGUAAUAGACUGCUUUUAGGAGAAGGACAAACAUCAUAAAGAGAAAACGUGAGAAUGUAAAGUCUUGGGGUGUUUUCUCCUAACAAUAUAACUUUACAAAAUCAGUGUCAUUAGAAAAACAUCACAAGAUAUCGGAGGAAGAACAUCCCUGAAGCUCCUCCCCUUAUUUAAUAUUUUUGGAACCCUAUAUCGCCCCAUCUCCUCCAUUUUAAUUCUGUCUCUCCUUCCUGAUUCUACUUAUAGAAGAGAGGGGGGCUGUCUUUCUAUAACAGGCUGAAUCUGUCGUUCUCUGGGUUUUCUACACUCUCGUCUUUGUGUCCUACAUAGCCAUAAGCUGACGGCAUAAUUUGAUUUGGAAAAGCAACAUUUUUGUCAGUAUUAUCUCAUAAACUGAACCAACAAUUUAGAUAUGUUAAACCACAAAAGUAUCAUUAAAUGAAUAAAAAUUAGAAGUAUUUAAGUUAUUGGUAUAAAGACAACCAAGACAAUCCCAGGUCUGGUUCUGCCUCUCCAGCUGCCAUUGUGAUGUUGGUCUGCACAGGUGCUUAUUGGCUGAUGUGUCAGAGCUGAGGAUCCGGUGCUUUCCUCUUAGAAACCUGGCUGCCUGGAGAUGCUGCAUUAGUGGCAGUUCAAAAAUAGGCCGAGUCUGUCUUCACAUGUAUUGGAGGAGGCAUGCUCUUGUCCUGAUCCUCCUAGUGUGAGGAGCAUCAAGAGUUAAGGGAAGUCCCAGUGAGGGAGUGGGUUAAAUGAUAAAUUAGGCAGAAUAAAGAUAAAAAAUAUAUAAAAUAAACCAAAGUGAUGUAUUUUCAGUAUAUUCCAGUACCAGUAACACCAACUCAUGGUCAUUUAAUCAUUCCACUCAACUCUCAGUUUCAAUCGACUCAAACACAGCAUUAAUAUAGAAAAUAUGGACCAAAUGCAUGAAACAUUAAUGAAUGCAUUCCACACGCAAUUAAGUGCAGCUCAGUAGAAAUUGUGUACUAGAGAAAGACAUUGGAAUGGGUCAGCAGAAUAACUCAGGAACUGUAAACUGAAUUUUGCCCAUAAACAAAUGUAAUAUACUGGAAAUGCAUCACAAUAAAUGUGUACAGCUCUGGAAAAAAUUAAGAGAACACUGAAUCUGUUACUCAGAUUUUUUUCUGUUUAUAGGUAAAUGUUUGAGUAAAAUGAACAUUGCGGUUUUAUUCUAUAAACUACAGACAACAUUUCUCUUAAAUUCCACAUAAAAAUAUUGUCAUUUAGAGCAUUUAUUUGCAGACAAUGAAAAAUGGCUCAAAUAACAAAAAAGAUGUAGAGCUUUUAGACCUCAAAUAAUGCAAAGAAAACAAGUUCAUAUUCAUAAAUUCACAGUUUUCAUGCAUCUUGGCAUGUUCUCCUGCACCAGUCUUACACACUGCUUUUGAAUAACUUUAUGCCUUUACUCCUGGUGCAAAAAUUCAAGCAGUUCAGCUUGGUUUUCAAUUAGGUAAAAUCAAAGAAACUCAUCAUUUUUAGAUGGUCUCUUAUUUUUUCCAGAAUUUAAUAUUACUCUUUAUAGUAUUCCUGCAGUGUAUUAACAGCAUAUAACAAUAUAUUUUAUUAUAAUAUGUGUAUAUACAGUGAUGGACAGUUGCAGUAGCUGUGUUCUGGCACAGGGACACACUCUGCACUGGCUCGAGAAGCAUCUGGACCAGAAAUCAUGAUGUGCAUCAGUAUCUGGGGGUCGUACGUGUCGCUGAGCACGAGCGCUGGUUUACGGUCAGCUUUCGCUUUACAUUGAACACGACUGUCCGCACAGAAAGGGUCCAAUCCCAUUUCACUCUUCUCCACCGCGGAGCAGUGCUGCAGGACCCGAGCAGGAGAAACACUGUAAGAUGUAUUUCCAGUCUGAAACCCGGAUGAGGAGAAUAGUGAGAGCGGUGAAACUCUGAUCACACUUUUUAACCUUACAUUCCAUCAGCCUCGCUUCGCAGACGCUGUAGCCUUUGAUGAGAUUUGCUUGUUUCUGUGUAAAGAGAGGAACUCAGUCCUGCUCGUGCUGGUAAUCGAGUUUUACACUCAUUUUACGUGAACUAAACUUUUAACUCCAUUCCUUCUUUUAUUUUUGUUUUUACCCGCCUUGAGUUGCGAUCAUAUGAAUGAAAGAAAAAAUGUUCCAUUUGAAAGGAGCCUCAUGGUCAUCCUGCAUAAUUUACUGUCAUUAACAAUAAAUGCAGAAAUGUGUUGAA